AUGGCUGCUACCACCGUGAUUCGGGUUCGUCAGCAUGCCCGUCGCGAUGACCUUGAUGGCGAGGUCACGCUACCGUGCAUCCUAGACCGUCUCUCAAGGCUUGAACAUGAAAGUUUUUCAUACCACGAGCUCCUCGACGACUUCGCCGGCCGAAGGCGCGUGGGCCCCGUGAAGAAGGAACUGCCGGCGAAGCACGUGCUCGACCCCGCUGAAGAGGCAGACAAGAUCGUACAGGCUGACUGUCUUCCACCACGUUGCGGUUGUGUGAUGUUUCGUACGCCCCCCGGCCGCCUUACUUCCGGGUGUCACGCGCUCCCAUUACUGCCACAGCGCGUCGAACAAGCCACCAGAAACUUUUCGGCGCAGAAGCUCGACCGAAAAAAACCAGGUGGCCUGUACUCCACCAUCGGCCGCAGACAAGUGGGCCUAAUCGAAACUGACAUAGACGAUCUCACGGCAACGAUCACAAGUCGAACGGAGGUACUCGCGGCCGCCAAACGCACGGCUGUGGCGAAAAGCCUUACCGAACACAGCAACGGUGUCCUGGCCGGACUUUUGAGACCGCACAAAACGACAACCCUUCCCACGAUUAGCCCGUCUUGUUUUCAUGACCCGUUGGGCUCUAGCUCGCCCAUGACGGGUUCUCCGAAACGUUCUUCUUUCGGCCGUAGCACAACCAAGAUCAGACGCUCGAAUGGGCGAGGCCCGAGUGAACCGGCAGCAGCAGCAACAACAGCAGGAGCAUCGGCAGAAGAAAGUGAAGAGGGUCUAGAAAUGAGCGAACGCAUGAAGGUCAUCGGGGUAGACGAGUCCAAGCAUCGCGAGGAUCUCGUGGACAAUCUGCGCCGGUUGCGUGCGCUUCUGGGCGAGCCGGAGGACAAAACUGAGGCUCGGCGAUCCGGCAGCCCUUCCGUUCUCUCUGUUCGGGAGUUUCGCGAAAUAGGAGCCGCGCAAAGACAGCGGCUGCAACAUAGUACGAAAAUGGAGGGUGCGGAUGCGUUAGCUGUUGGUCGGGGAACACAACAGCAGGAAAGGGCGGCGGACGAACUGGGUGCAAAGGGGAAUGUUCUUCUGCGGAACCUAGCCAAGACCUUGUUCUCGUCGAUGCAAUUCAGAGCCCGGAAGGAGUUCUUGCUUCUAGCCUUUCGUAAAUGGAAGGUGAGAAACGACGUGCCAUGUCAUUUGAUCCGACGCACAAGGCUACCAGUGCGUAUUCAAUGCUCUUUGCGGCGAACGGUAGCCAUCACGGAAGCUGCGGAAAGACGAAGACUCAGAGACAACCAGGUGAGAGAAAACGCUCAGGUCCAGCCGAAAUGA